AUGGCCGGAUGUCCCCCUGCUCUCUCCCGCGAGUCCGGUAAACACCUUGAGGUGAGUCGACAGCCCCUGUUUAUUAAAAUAUUUCCGAAUUAUAACUCACUCGAUUUGUUUAUUUGCCGAUGAAAAUUGGUCUGAUUCACAUUUCACACCAACUGUUAUUAGUCCUGUGAAUUAACGCCCUGGCUGCAGCGGUAAGACCUGGGGAUGGGAGCCUCCACGAUACAGGUUGCCUUGCGCUAAAUUCCAAGAAGGAUAGCUAUUUCCGUGUCCUAACCAAAUCUCUCGAAAUCUAGCGCAAAGCCAAUUGUAAUACGGGGCGUGGGGGUCAUAUUCCCGUGUCCUACCGCAGUUUCACUUACUGCUUUCGAGCUGGCUUGAGACGCCUGGAGCAUGGACCUUUGUCUUAGCCUGUUACAUUGCGUUGCCUGGGGACUGGACACAAAAAAACAAGCCAUAGAUGGUUGUUGCUGUUUCCCCUGUAUUUAUCGGCAAUGCUUGUCGAUCAUCAAUUGCCCGUACCGCCUGUCUCAGCUCUAAACCGGGGUACCAUGACAACAAGGGGCGCCAGUUGCCGUUUCAUUCCCGGACCAGAUCUGCGUGCUGGACUGCAGGUUAUCCAGCCUGCCCCCGUAUUCGUCCUUUCCUGAGGAGGCCCUUUUUCUUAGCGCAGUCAUCAGAACCAGUGGCUUGUUCCGACAUACUCCCUGACGCAAAACCACCGCUUCAUUUUCGUGCAUUCCCUUGUGCUUAGUGCGGUCUUAGUUAUCUUGUUGUCGUGGGUGUGCAAUUCGAAGCAGUAUUGUCAUUUAGGACAACGGGGGCUUUGCGACACGGAGCAAAAAGUGUGUUGUAGGGGUGUGCGUUCGUAUGGGUUACCGCACACACAACUGGUUGAUACACGUGUCGUUAAGACCGUUGCUCCUUAUCCCUCCGCCAAAUUUUCGAGUUUCGCUCAGCCGCAAACUGCCAAGCGCACAAACAUUCUUGCGCAUUCUCUGAUGAAGACUAUGCGUAUAGUUGGACUGCAAAAUCGUUUGGGGGACCAUUAGAGCUGUCCCGUGUGAUGAUGAGUGUCCGCUGUCUCGCAGCCGACAGGUGUUAGGUCGCCGCCAAGUCAGCUGUCAAAAGUGGACCUUGUUCACUAUAAUUGGUGUCCCACGAUCCGUGGACACUGACCCUUCUCUGCGUUCUUAUCACAAAAAGGCUGCAUUUGCCUCAUUCACAACGCUAAUCCGGUGCGCAUCUGUCUUCGUGCAAUUUCGCGAUCGACACUGCAGCUCACGCCGGAGGGACGCCGAGGUUCGCACCCUGAAACAGGUGUGCGCUUCAUUAGUGCCGAUUACGCCCGACACGCGCCUGGUCCGGUUCACACCUGUUUGGCUUGGGACUCGAUAAUUACAGCUCACGACGACACCAAUGAUUAUCACCCACGCGCUAGUUAGAUGACCCCCUACGGGAGGGGAAUAGCUUCGUCCUGGCAAACAGCGGCUCAGAUCCGCAUCAACUGUUUGUAGAGGUGUAUUUUGCCGUGGAACACGGAACUUUACUGCAACCACGCGGAUAAAUCGACGCACUGGCGCCAACUUUGUGCAAAUUCGUUUUUGGAAUAAGCCUUUGUUUACCAAGACUUCCAGAGAACUGUGACGCCGUAGUACCUGAAAAGUUCCCAUUGGAGUUCCGGAAUCUGUAACAUGCCGUAAGAGAUGUUUGAUUCUUGGAUGUGCAUUCAUGCGUGAAACACCCUUCCUGGGACUUCUUUAUGUAGCUCGUGCUGUACCGGUUAAGGCCAGGUCCCGGUUAGCGGGUGAAGAGUGAAGGAUUUAUCCCAUUCAGAACACCGAACACUUGCCUCAGCAGUGAGUGGCCGCUGUCGAGCUGGAGGGUGCGUGCUGACGGCGUUGAUUUCUGCUCAAGUAUAAUGUCAGCUAUUCCCCGCACCUGUCAACUGACCGGCUCGGACGGUGGCUGGGGCAUGGGAAUGAGAAGGGAGAGUAAGGUCGACGACUCAGCGCAUUUUACCAACUAUUAACAAUCUGACACGCUUAAGGCCAUCGCGGUGCGCUAAAAGUCGUGGCUUGGAAAGGUUGCCAGCUGACGGGAUAACUUGGACCUGGCAGUUGGCCUAGUUCUGUGUGAAACGGCUGAAUGGUGGUCUGAGCGUCAGGCUGCAAUGGCUCCUUAGCGUGGCUUUUAUGGCACUCCCACUCCGUGGGAUCCGAGCCCGGUGUGGCGGCCCACCUAGGGGUGGCUCCGACCUGCGCCCUCCUGCCUCCGGUUUUCGUGGAACGGGUCAAUGUGAGGAAUGUGGCAGAUACAGCGGAAGUCGCCGUGCCUGCUCCACCUUGCCGAAGAGCACACGAUUGACAUCUUCGAUAACGACAAUCGAAAUGCCACAAUGUGAGCUUCUUUUUGGUUUAUGAAAGCAAAUUCAAUUGUCUUGUUUUCAAGUUGUGUUUUCAAGCAAGUGUGGCUGUAGUCAUCGAGACACAUGUAUGACAAAUGUACCGCAAGGUCAUCGCGGAGAGUGAAUAAUGUUGACGCGGUAGGGUGCUGGGAAAAGGUUGGCGGUGUAGCGAUAGUCAGUUUUACUUUCAAUGCCUUCUUGCCUUGCAGGCCGUUCUAACUAACUAUGCCAGACGCCUCGCCUCUACCACAGAGUGCACUGAGAUCACCCUACUUCGCCAAAAGCGACCCCAGCACUUCGCCACUCUCUGCAAAUUCCAUCUCUCACUCAUUGUUGAUCUACCAGCCGAUUUCUCCCCCACUCGCAUCGGUUCUAACAGGCUACAGGAUGGCGGAGACAGCAAUAUCCUCUAUUCGACUAUUCGUCGAACUCGGGCCUGGACACGUUUCGCGCAACUGCCACAGGCUUCUUUGAAGACCACUCCCAAUGCGGUCGCCGAAUCUCGUGAGUUAUAUGGUCAUUUUUCCUCAAAUAAAAAGCCUGGAGGUCUGCAUGCCACGCGUUGUGACCAGUUUAUAGCUGUUUGUAGUGGGCCUGUUCACCUCCUCGCCAACAUGGACUCUGGUUAUGGCCGAAAAUUUGGCGACUUACCAAACAUCGCUGGCAGAUGCAUCGGCGGCGUGCUAGUGUUUUCAGUCCUGCUAGUUACUUGAGCCCUAUCCUUCGCUGCAGUAAAUAUCACGAUUUCCUGUGUAUCUGCAGUCACUCCCACCAUUUAGACGUGAUUGACGGUGGUAGGAAACCGAGCCAAAUAGACGGCACUCAGACAUCAUGGGAUUAGAUCAUUUCCUGAGGGCCGUCUGUGCGUUUUUCAGCCAUGCUUACGAUCGCACUAUCACUUUAACAGGCCUCUUGGUCCGCGGCACCAUAGUAGUCUUUCUAAUUUUUGCUCCUGGUUUAACAGUGGAGAUAACAGGUGAGGGCAGUUUUGGUUGCUAGGGCGGAGAGCUAAAACUCUCCAACCUGCGCUCACACGCGAGAUUUCGCGCUGGGAACAAUUUUGUAAAGUGAUUAUUUGGUUCACCUUUGUUUUUUUGCAGAAAUACCUCGUGCACCAACUGUCGGUUUGGCGGAUGCCAUGAGCAGUAAGGACCACGUGUACCAGAACGUGUCAAAGCUAAUGGAUCUCCUUCUUCAGGACGAUUGUAAGCCACCAUUUUGAUAUACAUAUCGAUACUCGUUUGUUUUAGGUCACUAUUUUAUUGUCUGUAUUUGUCUGGGCUUACAGCAUACUGUAACAUCGUUACCCGAUAUAAAUGCGUUUCCGUAUUUCUGAUUGCCUGUUCACAUGCCCGAGCCCUGGGCUACUGUGCCGAACCUUGCAUUAGUCAGUUACGACGAGAUAUUGUCUUCUUGUGUAGAUCUGAAGACAGAGGGUAUAUUUCGCAAGACCGGCAAUGUUGUUCGCCAGAGAGAACUCCGCCGAUACAUCCUUUCUGACACCGAGGUUGAACUACCGCUCACAGCAACUGCCGGCUCUGUUCGUCGACAUCGGAAGAACCGCCACGUCACCACGACUGCAAACUUUUGUAACGGUCCCAGCAAUAGGGUACGACCUCAGGCCGGAGAAGGUGAGCCAAACGGGGAUGUUUUCAAUGUUCACGACUAUGCUGCCACCCUGAAGAAUGUCCUCCAUGACAUGCCGGAACCCAUUCUGACCAGGGAACUCCUCCCCGUCUUCUCGGCGGUAUCAAGUAAGUUAUUUUUUAAAGGCGACAUGUUCGCGACAUGUGCAUGUAUAGGCACAUUUUCAUCGGUUUUAUUAUAUCCUCUUACCACAGGCCUGACGAUAGGCAACCUAGAUGACAGUGGAAAUCGGGUCCCACUCUCGCCCCUGGACUACAAGGUUGCCGUCGCCAAACAGUUGAAAGCACUAAGAAUCCUCCGUCUCUUGCUACCCGAAAAAAAUCAGCAGUUGCUUCGACAGUUCCUGGAUCUGCUGAGUCGGACUCUGCAGCUUUCUCAUCUCAACAAAAUGUCCGCUGACAACUUGGGAACUGUGUUUGGUCCACCGCUCCUUGCACCAAUCGGGGUAAGCUAAUGUCUAUAUACUGACAAUAAUUUAUUGGGCUAGUAGACAGACGAUCCUUCUGACAAUGACAUCUUUUCUUUUUCUCUCUAGACCCCAGUCACCGAGUUCCACCGACAGUACGCGAAUCUUGGUCGCUUGGCCUCUUUGAUGAUCGAGCAGGGCUCUACAAGCAUCUUUUCAGUGCCGACUGCACUAGCGGAAGACGUCAUCCGCAACCUACCCCAAGAUUCGGCAGAGUCCUUGGCCAGCUUUACCAGGAGUCUCUCGGCUGACUCGGGUGUCGAUAGCUGUAGCGGUAGCAGCACCGAUAUCAGCCAGCCAUUGCAGCUUUCCGCCACUGGACCUGUUCUGGAAGAAGUUGGGAGGCGGACAGUGCCGUCACCCACGUCUUCAAUCGUGAUCUACACUGGUGUGGUUUAUGCCCAUGCGAGUGGCGGCGGAAGUUGUGGCGCUGACAGAACGCCCUCCAGUCGCCUCUCGGACACGGAGUUUGCUGUGGCUGAACUCUGUGCCACUGUACAGGCCUUGCCGGACACAGACCCACGCAAAUUGUGUCUAAUUCAACGGAUAAACAACUCCAAUGGUGGCCUCACACCAGCCCUUCAGGCCGAGUACAAACGGCUUCGGGACGCUCUCUCCUCCCCCUCAUUAACUCCCCUCAGUAAAACAGGAGGAAGCGGGGCUUUGUCAAGAGAGGGAGGCCGUGGCGCGACACGCGUAAGUUUUCCUGUCUGUGUAGGGCAGUACGCUUCAAAUAUAGGUUUGCUCUUAAUUCUGUAGCAUUCAGCAAGUCCGCCCAGGAAAGCGCUUGACUUGUGGUGGUGGUGGUGGGGUCCGUUUAUUGUCUCGUUAACUGAGAACCAGAAAAGACUGAUAGAGACUGCGUUGUUCAUUCCUAUUAUGGUCCGAUGAGUACGCGGGUUUUUUUUCUCAACGAUGUACAGUUAAGGAAUACUGAUUACCAGUAAUUCCACUUUAUUUUAGCGCAAAGCUUCCGAAAGGCCCGCUGGUAUCCUCGCGAAACGGCCCUGCUCUAAGUACCUGACUGUCCUUAGGGUGACGGACGACGGCGGCGGCGCUGCUGUUCCUAAGGACGGUGAGGCCACCACCUCGUCCACCUCUCUUGACGGCCGAUGCGCGCCCUUCUGUUGCCCUAUCAUCAGCGUCCUGGCUUCCCCCUUCCGCCGACCAGUGCAUUCGGAUAUUGCACGCGUGCGACCGAUCAAACGGAGUCUUGAGACGGUUGAGUCAGUCGCGCCGGACGAGCGGCACCCUGUCUUCGAGGAAACCGGCGACGAGGACUACUUCGAUGGUUGCCAGGAUGAUGGACAAGAGUAUGCUGGGACUCCUAAUAGUCCCAUUUUUUCGGGACUCGGUAUUAACAGCUCAGUCAGCUCGGACUCUGAAUUCUUCGAACAGGUUGAGGUGUGCCUCGUAUUUAUUGCUGUCAAGUUUUCUCAUCCUUACCGGCCGAAAAUUAUUCCUUGUCGAUGCAUUCUUGUUCGGCACUCUGGCAGAUGUAUUGCCAUACCCCUAGUGGUGGGAGGAAGCACAUACAGCUAUGUCCGGGUUGCAGCAGUGUACUCGCCACUCUCUACCCCCUCCGCCUCCUGGUUGAAAAUAAUUAGCUUUGCAAGUCGGAAUUGUGUAUAUCGGGUCAUAAUGAUAGUACUUCUUCCGUUUGUCCCCCGACAUUAUUCUGCCUUUGCAAGCCACCAGUUUCGGUAGUGAAUACUGUGAAGCAACAAAAUCCUUAGCUCCAUUUUUGGUGCCUUAUCCGUAAUUAUACCUCCGCCGGUACAGGUAGUUGUGGCGUAUUACUACCUUAUUACUGUCGAAUAUACUGAACUAAUUUCAGUGGGUAAAUGAUCUACUUGUUACACAUAUUCUUCCAUAUCCCGCUGACGUUGCACCAUUAUGCGGUUGAUUCAGUUGUUCGGCUUCGCUUUGCGCAUAAUUUGUGCCCACGGUAUCCAUUUUUCUCCCCCUCAAUAUCUUACGUACCUUUUGAGUAUGUGCGACACAGUUCGUGUAUGCGACCGAGGGGAUCGGGACAUUCUUCUCCAGACAGUUUGACAAAUUCUCCUGUGUACUAGACCGACUGCACCCAGUACAGGGGAAAACGGAACAGUUUAUAGUUUCGACAGGAAUUGUUGUGCGGUUUUCCCAUCUACCUCCUUUAUAUUUGCUCAGGAGUCUCCUCAUUACCUAAGUAUUUCCCUUGUUUUUGACAGUUUCUGCGCUCCCCGAUUGUUCGCGGUCCUGUGCCUUCACCCUCGCAAAGCGUCCGUCGACGGUCCACCUGCCUCUCCCGCCUACGUGUCCGCCGCAACUAUGCGCGACACACCAAGGGCUACCACGAGCCCAGGAUCCCCACUAUGCUGCAGCGACAGGAGCAAGAACAACGGCACGAUUAUGAGCGAAGUUCUUUGUGA